UAUAAAAAUGCCUAGAUGUUACUGGGAGCUGAUGAAUACUGGUCACAACCAUGAUGAGACCAUCAGAGCUGAGAGAUGCUUGUGCUUUGUUUUUUUAAUUUUUGCAAAGAAACACAAUGAUCUUUGAAAAAAAAUAAUCGCUAAAAUGGACGAGGAUAUUGCUAUCAUUGGAAUCGGAUGCAACUUCCCAGGAGGUGAGGGUGUUGAUAGUUUCUGGAAAGUUCUUGUAGAGGGAAGGAACUGUGUGGAACAGAUUCCAGAUGAAAGAUUUGACACAUCAGAGUGGUUUCAUCCUGAUGAGAGCAAACCAGGAAAAACACAGACGACCAAAGCUGCUCUCAUUGAAGGGUUCAAUGAGUUUGAUCACAAGUUCUUUGGCAUCAGCGAGGCUGAAGCUGAUUACAUGGACCCUCAGCAGAAACUGUUGCUGCAGUGUGCAUACCGAGCUCUAGAGGAUGCAGGGAUACCCUUGGAAAAAGUGAGCGGGACCAGAACAGGUGUUUACAUAGGUCUUAUGAACAGGGACUAUGAGACAAUUUUGAACAACUGUCCCAGCACAAUAACCCACUAUAAUGGCACCGGAACAGCUAUGAGUGUAGCUGCCAACAGAAUUUCCUUUGUCUUCAACCUGACUGGACCUUCAUUUGCCAUUGACAGUGCAUGCUCUUCAUCCCUUGUCGCCCUUCAUUCUGCAUGUCAGGCCAUCAGACAAGGGGACUGUGAAAUGGCUCUGUGUGGAGGGGUCAGCUGCAUCCUUGAACCUCGAGUCUUUGUGGCCCUCAGCAAGGCAAAGAUGAUCUCACCUGAGGGCACAAGCAAGCCAUUCUGUCAUACAGCAGAUGGCUAUGGUAGAGGGGAGGGAUGUGGUAUAGUCCUCCUGAAGCCUUUGAAAAAGGCUCUUGAGGACUUUGAUCAUAUUUGGGGAAUUGUGAACAAGACUGCAGUAAACCAAGAUGGCCACACUGUCACACCGAUCACCAAACCCUCCAUGACCCAGCAGGAGGCUCUACUGCGCAUGAUCUAUUCCUCUGAGCAUUAUCUAGCAAAUGUCCAGUACGUAGAAGCUCAUGGGACUGGAACACCAGCAGGAGAUCCGGUUGAAGCAGGAAGUAUCUCAAAAAUCAUUGCCAAAGCAAGACCUUCAAGCUCAGGGCCUCUGUUAAUUGGCUCUGUUAAGAGUAACAUCGGACAUACAGAAUCUGCAGCAGGGGUGGCAGGACUCAUAAAGAUUCUGUUAAUGAUGAAACAUGAAACUAUUGGCCCCUCUGUGUUCUACUCAGCAGAAAAUUCAAGCAUAGAUGCUAAAUCUCUCAAUCUUAAAAUCCCCACCAGAGCUGAAAAAUGGCUUUACUCUGGAUCCAGGAUAAGGAUGGCUGGAUUAAACAGCUUUGGGUUUGGUGGCACCAAUGCCCAUGCCAUCAUCAGUGAGUAUGUUCAAGCAACAGUCUCUGACAGCCACACUCUUGAACCUCUAAAACUGCUUCCACUGUCUGCAGCCACGGAUCAAUCUCUUCAGUCGUGCAUAGCUGACACAUAUCAGAGGAUUUCAGCAGAUGAGACAGUUGAUCUACAAGCUCUUGCUUAUACAGCCGCCUGCAGAAGAAGCCACAUAACACACAAAUUUCGGAAAGUCUUCGCUGCAUCAUCUGUGUCAGAAUUAAAAUCACUACUCAAAGCUAGCAUGAACAAGAAAUUAGAUCCAACAAAGCAGGACCUAAAGUUAGUUUUUGUAUUUUGUGGGAAUGGCGUUACUUACAGGGGAAUGUGUAAGCAGCUACUGAGAGAAGAACCUGCAUUUAGGGACAAGGUCAAAGAGGUUGAAAACUACUUCCAGAAGUUUAGAUGCACCAGUAUUUUGCAAAAAAUCGCAAAUUGCUAUGACAAUGAAGAUAUCACUAAACCAAAUGUUGUCCAGCCACUUCUCUUUGCAAUCCAGGUCGCAAUUGUUCACCUUUUUAAGAACUGGGGCAUAAGACCGGAUAUUGUUCUUGGACACUCUGUGGGAGAGGUUGCAGCAGCUCAUUGCUCUGGCCUGCUGUCUCUUGAGGAUGCAGUAAAGGUUGUCUACCAUCGCAGUGUGCUGCAGACCAAAGUGAUGGGUGGGAGGAUGCUGGUUGUUGGUAAUGUUCCUAUUCCAGAUGUUCUGGAAAUUCUCCCUACAUACACAGGAAAGAUUUGCCUAGCUGCUGUCAACAGUCCUAUGUCAUGUGUGCUGUCAGGUGAUAAAGAAGCAGUUGAUAAUGUGCACCAGAAGCUUCAGUCUAUGUUCAAGGGUAAAAACCUGUUCCUUCAUGUCUUGGAUGUUCCAGCUGCCUACCAUAGUCAUAUGAUGGAUCCUAUACUGGGCCAAAUCAAAGACAGCAUUGGACAUUUAACUCUGAAUGAAAAGGAGUGUGAACUUUUUUCUACAGUAACAGGAGAGAUAUGUCGUCAAGGGGACUUUGUCACAGGUGAAUACUGGGCAAGAAACAUUCGAAAGCCUGUUGCAUUUGAACAAGCAAUUAAAUCAGUUUCCAACCACACAAGGAACACAGUCUUUGUGGAAAUUGGUCCAAGACGGGCUCUGCAGAGGAACAUCAUGGAGAUCCUGGGAAAUGACACCACAGUGCUUCCUUCAGUACAUCCAGAUAAAGACCACGAGACAAUGUUCACAGCUGUAUCAAAACUGUUUAAACUGGGGGUCAAUGUGAAGUGGGACGAGUUCUACAAAGGGUUUGAAAUGGAGCUUGUUGCUUUCCCAAGGUAUCAGUUUGAAUGUCAAAAGAAUGAGGUAUACUUUGAGGACUUAAGACGGGGAAAUGACACAGUCUCUCGCAGUCCACAUCCACUGAUAAGUCCAAGUAAACGUGAUGGCAAAGUAAUCAAGUGCAACCUGUCAGCAGCUACAACCUCCUACCUUUGGGAACACAAGAACAAUGGCAUCUCCAUUGCCCCAGGGGCAUUGUAUGUUGAGUUGGCUAUUGCAUCCAUAAUGGAAACUGCUAUUCCAAAAAGACCUCUGAACUCAUUUCAGCUCACAAUCAACUUUCAGAGUUUGCUUGUUCUAACUAAGAACUGCCCUCCUCUCAAAAUCACAAUCGAGACAUCCAAGGAUGCAACCACAUUUCAGGUUCAGUCCUCUAUUACUGUGCAUGCAUCAGGCACCAUCAGCCAUGAAGGCGGUCCAGCUAUGAUCGAACAGCAAACCAUUCACCUCAACACUGUUUUAAAGAGAUGUCCAUCAGUCAUUGAAACAAAGGAUGUGUACACCACUCUUAAAGACAUAGGAUUUGAGUAUGGGCCCAACUUCAAACAACUUGGUGACAUUCAUUACGGACAAGAAUUCAAGGAAGCAGUGACCAGUCUCAGGAUUCCAGAGGAAGUACUCAACCAUCUGUAUGAGUAUUGCUUGCAUCCUGUGGUCCUAGAUUACUUCUUGCAAAUGUCCUCAGUUUUAGCAUUAGUCUCUAGCACCGUCAGGCCUGGAUUUCCCUCUGCCAUUGGGAGUAUGGUUAUAGCUGCACCUCCCUGUAAAGAGAUGUUCAUGUAUAUGAGAUUGACCAAAGAAAUGCCUGACUACUUUGAGGUUUGUGGUUGUUUCACUGACAAAGAUGGUCAUGUGUUGAUUGAGCUGAGGGAUGUCAGAAUUAAUUUUCUGGGAAGACAUGCACAGAUCAGGGAAUCGUGUUUCUUUCAUAACCAGAAGGUUGGCAUUCUUGCUGACAGCAAUUUCCCCAGUAGAAUCAAGGCUUUGGUCUUUGAAGACACCUUGGGUAUCGCAAAAGGUUUACAGCCAUAUUUGCAUCCAAAAUCUGUACUUGUUCCUCCACCCGAUUUAACAAAAGGCUUAGCCUUGCAAGUCCCAGAAUUACUGUUGAAGUCUCCUUGCAGUGAAGCAGGCAUGGAACUGGAUACGAUCCUGUUUAUCUGGAGCAUUCAGAAUAUUAGUCACCUCCAGUCUGAACUCAUUCUAGAGUCCUUGGUAGACAGCUGUGAUCUUUACCGUCAGGUUGUUUUGUCUUUAAAAAACCGCAGUCAUGCAUGUUCCAUCCGUGUCAUUACAUACAGGUCAGCGGAAGGGACAGUUGAAAGUAUAAGCCCUGGAUUUGUGUUAUCUGGCAUGACAAGGGCAUGUGCUACUGAGUUGUCAGGCAUCACUUUCCAGCUCAUUGACCUUUCCACAGUGUCAAGAGAGGAUAUAGAAGCACUGGCCCAUGUGCUUAACUCACAUAAGACUCAAGAGUGCCCAGAAGUCUUCAUCAGCAAGGGGAAGGUUUACUCUGCUGUGAUAACUCAUACUCCUGUCACCACAAUUAGGGAAGUGAAGGCUAAAUCAAAAGCCCUACAGCCCCGGGACUUCACUUUGCAGACAACCAAUCCCUACAGGAUGACCAGCUUAUCAGCUAUGCCUUCAGCAAGUUCAGUCCACACUAUUGAGGGGAAAAGCAUUGAGGUUCAGCUGAGUAAGGUAUGUGUGCACUCAUCAGAUUAUUUUCCAGUUAGUACUUCAGAAAUAAAGUUUGGUCAGACGAUGUACUGGAACAAGCACACAACCCAGAACCACAGUCUCAUGGCACUUGACUUCAGUGGGACAAUUACAGCUGUGGGAAAGGAUGUCAACAAACUUAAAGUGGGUGACCAUGUUAUCUGUUGUUACCCUGUUAAAGCAACUUCCAAAGUUGUCCUCCCAGAAGAUGUGUGCUUCAAAAUAAAAAGGCUUCCAUUCUUAAAGAACGCUCCCUGUGUUUCAUACAUUUUCCUGAUCUGGAAGAUACUGCAGCGUGCAUUACCCAAGACCACACAACAGCAAAGUUUAGGCAUCUUCUCUACUGUUCAUGAUUCAGCUUUGGUCAACUUAUUGACACUCAUAGCAAGCAAAUCAGGCUGGAGUGUUUUUACAGAGAGUGAGAUAAGUGGAUUAGUCCAAAAUACAAAGCAGUGUCUUCUUUUUGUGAUUCUUCCACCAUACGAUUGCUCGAUUUUGACAGAGAUUGUCAGUGUUGUCAAUGCAAAUCACAUCAUUGCAGUACGUGGCAUCCGUGAGCCAUGGUACUCAACAAUAGAUGUAAUGCAGAGGGACAGUGAGAGAACCUACUUCCAGACUCUUGAGAUGUCCAAAAUCCUCCAGAAAUCGUGCCUUAAAGCACAUGGAGCUCGGCUACAGAAGUGGCUGAAGGGAAUGCACUUGCACAAAGCAUGCCCAUCAAUACAGAGCAGUACUUUUCAGAUGGUGCUCCCUGAAGGAAUGCAUUCUCAGUCUGCAGAGCAUUCUGAAUCUUAUUUUAGUGCAAGAACUCUAGACUUGAUAGCUCUGGCUGGUGACGAUUCAACGAGCAAGGUGUCUGCUAUCCCUUUGCUUCCAAGAACAAAGCAGCUGUUCUCAAAUAGAGGCGUGUACAUAGUUACAGGUGGGCUUUCCGGUUUGGGAUUUGAAACCGUUACGUUUAUUGCUCACAGGGGUGGAGGAUGCAUUGCCACUCUCUCAAGGAGUGCACCAUCUGAAAAGUUACAAGAGGACAUAAGCAGUCUCCAGAGGAGAUACGGGAUAAGAAUUCUCACACUUCAGUGUGAUGUCUCAGUGUCAGAGCAGGUGAUGGAAGCCAUAACUGUGAUUGGAAAACAUUUUUCCUGUUAUCCAGUCAGAGGGGUGUUCCACAGUGCUGCUGUUCUACAUGAUGGAUUACUGGAAACUCUCGAUAGAUCUCUUUUCCAAAAAGUCCUACAACCUAAAGUCUGUGGUGCUCUUAAUCUUCACUUUGCCACUCUGCACUGCCAAACACUCGAUUACUUUGUAUGCUAUUCCUCAAUCUCCUCUUUCAUUGGAAAUGCAGCACAAGCCAACUAUGCAGCAGCUAAUUCCUUUCUGGAUGCUUUUUGUCACUUCCGACGCAAUAUUGGACUUGCAGGACAGUCAAUCAAUUGGGGACCCCUUAAACUAGGCCUACUAAUGGACAAAGACCAUUUCCAAAAGUUUUUGGAAACAAAAGGGUUAAUGAUCAUGGAUGUGUCAGAGAUUCACGAAGCACUGGAGAACUGCCUGUUAGACAACUAUCCCCAGCAGGUGGUCUGCAAAUUCAGUUUCAGGAACCUAAAGAACCAUGUCCUCUCUCAAAAUGUGUCUCUCAAGUUUCGCCUGUCUGCUUUAGUGGAGGAGGAACUAAAAAACAAGGUUGUUGAGGACUCCAGGAUAAAUAUUCAGUCAUCGGUAGAUGACUGUGUUAGACAGAUCCUGAAUGAAAUUUGUUGUGUGGAUACUGAUGAUCUUAGUGAUGAAACUGCCCUCACUGCACUAGGAAUUGACUCGAUGUUGGCCAUGACAUUGCAAAAUCGCUUGUUUCAAGAGAUAGGUGUGAAUAUUCCUCUUGUUGCUUUGCUUGAUCCAAACAGUACACUGUCCUCAUUGACUGAAUUUGUAAAACAGAGCACUGAUGAGGACUCUGAGAUUUCUGUGAACCUGUAAUGUUUACAGUUGUUUUCCUUUUCUGCCACCUUGUGUAUUGUACAUAGUGAAGAGGACGGCUAGUCAAAAUGUCCUAAUAAUGCUUAUAAAUUAAAUGUGACUGAUUUUUUUGAGAAUGCUUAUUUUGUGUUCUAAACCUCCUAUGAAAAAUGCUAUAUUGCUUAAUUGUAGAAAACCACAAUAUUGCAUAAUGUGUGACAAAUUGAAUUGCAAAUUGCAUGUCAAACAAUAAACAUCCAUUCUGAAUAUAUUUGAUUGAACCUAUACUUUUCCAGCCCUAAUACCAAGGAGUCAGAGAUCAAAGGUCAGGUAUGUCCCAUCUUUUUUCUGCCAAAUGUGUAAAUCCACCGAGGCUUUUAAGCAAACAUGUGCAGCAACAGACUCAUGAAACAUGGUAAACUGUGUAA